AUGAAGACAUAUUCAGCAGCAAUUUGUGUUUUAACGUGGCUUUUCUCAACAGUCCUGGACCUCAAAGGGGUAGAAUCAGCAAAAGGAAAAUAUGCACAGAUGCUAUUCCGGGAUCUGUUUGAGGAUUAUGCAAAUGCCUUGAGACCGGUGGAAGAUACCGACCGAGCAUUGAAUGUUACCCUGCAAAUCACUCUUUCUCAGAUUAAAGACAUUGAUGAAAGGAAUCAGAUAUUGACAGCAUACUUGUGGAUUAGGCAAAGCUGGUUUGAUGCAUACCUGACGUGGAACAGAGAUGACUAUGAUGGUCUAGAUUCUAUCCGUAUCCCAAGCAACAUGGUAUGGAGACCAGAUAUCGUGCUCUAUAACAAGGCAGACGAUGAAUUUUCUGAACCGGCAAAUACUAAUGUUGUUCUGCGUUAUGAUGGCAAGAUCACAUGGGAUUCCCCAGCUAUCACCAAGAGCUCCUGCGUUGUGGAUGUCUCCUAUUUCCCAUUUGAUAAGCAGCAGUGUAAUCUAACCUUUGGUUCUUGGACCUACAAUGGUAAUCAAGUGGAUAUAAUAAAUAUUAUGGACACAGGAGACUUGUCGGACUUUGUGGAAAAUGUGGAAUGGGAAAUGCAAGGCAUGCCGGCAGUGAAGAAUGUCAUUACAUACGGAUGCUGCUCUGAGCCAUACCCUGAUAUCACCUUCACUCUGAUUCUCAAGAGGAGAUCUUCUUUCUACAUAUUCAACUUGCUAAUCCCAUGUGUGAUGAUAUCCUUCCUGGCUCCAUUAGGGUUCUACCUCCCUGCAGACUCUGGGGAAAAGGUAUCUCUAGGAGUCACUGUACUCUUGGCUCUGACUGUCUUUCAGCUGAUGGUUGCAGAAAGCAUGCCUCCUUCUGAAAGUGUGCCAUUAAUAGGUAAGUACUACAUAGCUACAAUGACAAUGGUUACAGCCUCAACAGCGCUGACAAUCAUCAUUAUGAACAUUCACCUAUGUGGGGCAGAAGCAAAGCCGAUCCCUCAAUGGGCAAGGGUUGUCAUACUUGACUACAUGUCCAAGAUAUUUUUUGUUUACGAUGUGGGAGAGAACUGCACUCGCUCCCAGGAAGAAAGUGACACCAUUUCACAGGACAGUGUUCAUUCCUAUGAUGUCUAUGAGAAAGAACAGGAUUUUCAUGACUCUUUGAAUCAUCCACUCUCUGUGGCAGGUGACUUUUUCUGUGACACGGACAUCCACGCUAAUCUAAAUGGCGAAGCUGCUGGGGACAAGGGAGGCCAGUGUAACAUCCCUCGUCAUCUGUACUGUCAUCAUUGCAUCCAUUACAGAGUUCUGGCAAGUAACAUUGAAUACAUCACUAACUGGUACCGUGAGCAGAAAUACAUCAGCCUUAAUGGAAUUGAGUGGAAGAAAGUGGCCAAGGUGAUGGACCGCUUCUUUAUGUGGGUCUUCUUUACUAUGGUCUUUUUUAUGAGUAUUUUAAUUAUUGCAAAGGCUGUAUAGUGUGAGGCAUGUCUGGUCAUUACUGAGUAGCUGAUAUAUUGAUGAUAAAGCUUUUGGUGGAAAUAAGUGGACAUUCACUCAGUCUUGACCCACAGAUUUGUUUCAGUGCAGUGAUAUUGACGUUUAUUUUCCAGGUGGCCCUACAACUAGUAUGUGGGUCAUGAGUCAGAGAACUGAGUUUAUGUCAGAGGCCUUGAAAAAAUUCUUUAUGCUUCAUGGUAGUCUUCCUUUAAAGCAGAAUCAUAGACUAAUCAGAAGCUGGCCUAUUCACACCUUUCCCAAUUGCUGCUAAAACCUGUGUACUGCAGCAGGUCUAGGUUCUCUCCACCCAGUACCGGGACAGGGUCGUCCAGUGCCCAGGGCAGGAAUACAGAACUGCACCCCCCUACACCACUCAUACGUGCGGUAGAAUGGGUGCCCCACCCAGCAUGCAUUCUUUGGCCCCUU